AAUGGUAUUGCCAGCGUCGGACCAUAGCUAAGAGCGAAUUGCUUUAUAUAAAUACAUAUAAUAUAUGUAGCAUGUAUGUAUGUACAUAUGUAUAUAUUGUCGUCUGUUUGCCAGUACCGCUACAAGUACUAGCGGGCAGGCCAGUCGGCUGACGGGUAAUCAGGGAAGCUUGCCUGGCUGCCAGACAGUGGCAAUUGAAUCCACAGGCAAUAACAACAAUAGCACUGCAUUCAUCGGGUGACUUAUUUUCUUUACGAGCAUGUACAUAUGUAAAUAAGUAUGUAUGUAUAUUUGUAUUGUACUUCUAUCUCUCUUGUAUCUGUGUGUACUGCCACAAUUUUCACGAGUCUACUGUAUUUUCGUUUGCCUGUUCGGCUUUAGUCUCCUUGAGCUUGUGGAACUGUGAAAAUGUGUGACGCGUGAUUUUCCUUGCAAGAGACUUUCCGUGGAUAAAAACUUCAUUGAAAGUUUUAAUUUUUAUAUUAUUUAAAAAAUAAAUCUCAUUUCUGUUUUAUUUGGGAGUUUCUGUUUCUUUUUUUUUUUUUUUUGCCAAUUUUGUCUUGUCCUUGUAUUCGUACAAGUGUUGAAGAAUUCAGUGCUUCCAAACUAUGAUAAAAAUACAAAGAAUAGGGGUUCGUUAUCCCUAAAAAUGUCUGGAAACCUUCACAGUGAAUGACGCAGUUAAAUCAAAAUAUUGAAAAAGAAAAUAUUGUGAAAAUUAAAAUAAAUUACCUAGCAGACCUUGUGUGAAUUUUGUUUCAAUGAGCAAACUACGAAAUAUUUACAUUAAAAUAAAUGUAAGAGCUCAUUAAAAUAUACAAUAACAAAGUGUACAAGUGAGGUGUGCUAAGAAGAACAAGUGAAGAAGGGAAAUACGCUACAUAAAAGAGAAUAAACCAAAAUUUAUUGAAAAAAACCUUUGACACUGUGUCAAGCUGUUAAUAAAAAUAAAUACAGUGAAUCGUGGUUGUAAAAAUGUAGACUUGUGCGUUUGUCUAAAUAUUUGUUACAUAUUGUAAAGAAAUAAUUCGUAAACGACUCGAACGACAAGAAGAAACUGAUGAAAAAAUAAUUUCUAUUAAGGAAAAAGAAAAAUAAAAUAAAAAAAAAUCAUCACAAACCGAAACUUAUUGGUUGGUAAUAUUGAUAUUUUCCAAUUUUACAGUGAAGCAUAUUUUGUGCUGAAGCAAUUAAAACUGUACAUAAAAUAUAUAAGCAAACAUACAUAUAGUCAUGUAUAUUGACUUUAAAAAUAAUCCAAACAACAAAAAUAAACUUGAAAAAUCUACGUAAAACAGUGACGUAGCAACAAAAUAAAGCAAAGUGUAAAAGCCAAGAACAUUAUAUCUGAAAAAAAAAAUCGAAGAAAAUUGUGGAAAAAUCGAAAAAGAAUUCAUCGUUGCGGUAAAGUUAAUUAUUGACUGUAGUCCAACGACGUCAUCCUCAUCAUCCUCGUCACCAGCAUCAGACCAGCAGCGCCAACAGCGCGAAGCAGCUAAAAAUACAUAUAGAAUAUACAGAGUGUAGAAAAUUGUAGAUGCACACAGUAGCGUAUAGCAUGCAGGGCUGGAGCGUAGUUCUAGCCAAAACACACGACUACAGCAAGUGAUUUCUCGACACACUACACCGCGUUGGUCGGCAAGUAAGCCCAAUCGAACUCAUAAAGUUUAAAAAUAAAUAUUACAAGAAAGAAAAAAUAAAUAUUAUAAGCCAAAGCAAAGUGUAGCAGUAAUAAGAAAUCAAUAAGACGAAAGAGAAGAAAAGAACCAAAAAAAAAAAAAAAUAUAUUUAUUUAAGUGUUGAAAAAUAUUUCCAUUUGUACGGUGAAGUUCAGAAACAAAGUAACACAUUGUAAGAAGUGCAACAUUUCCUACAGCAACAUUUUCUCAACGGCAUUGGUGCACUAGCAACACAAAUAAAUAAAAAUAUUACAAUUUUCUUCUUACAAAGCAAAAAUACAUAUAAAUGUUGCCAAUGUGUGACGGCUAUUAGUGGGCUCUUUCUCGAUCGAUGUUGUUAACGUUCUUCAGCUUCCUCAUGCGUUUCGUAGACAUUUCCAAAUUGCACACCGAACGGUGCAAUUGCACAAACAACGCUGCCGACGAUUGCCAAAAUAAGGUGAAAUGUUGGCAACAAGCCGCAGCCGCAGCGGCCGCUGCUGCCGCACACAAAGCCAAUGUGGCUAAUUCGAAUAGCAGCAGCACUAGCAGCGGCUGUGAUAGUAAUGCUUCCUCUGCUGAUUCUGCGGCCAGUUCGUCCAAAGAGAACUACUACACGCUCACGCGACAGCGGCGGCGGCAGCAGCUGCAGCAGCAGCAUCGUCAGAUUGCGCAACAACAACAUCAGUGUAUAACUCCCGAGCAGCUGCAACAAAUACGUUAUUAUCAACAAAUGCAGCAGCAGCAACUACAAUUAUUACAACAACAAUUGUUGCAGCGUCGUCGCCUGCAGCAACAUUUGCGCGAGCAGGGCGUGACAGUGGGCGGCGUAGGCCAUACGCGCAAGCUGAGUGGUGCUGCUGCUGCUGCUGCUGAUGGUGGAAAAGUCAGCGCUGCUCAAGUUCAGCCGAUAGCAGCGCAAACAUCACCGGCUUUGACUUGUAAUCAACAAUAUUUGAUACAACAACGAAUGCUGCAACAACAACGAAUGCUGCAACAACAACCGCAACAAGCACAAUGGUUGCAGCAACAGCAACAACAACACAGCAAUCAUAAUUAUCAAAAUCUCAAUAAUUUACUCGACAACAAUCAAAUGUUGACUGAUAACGAUUUCUUGAACAACAAUGGCGAUUUGGCUGAGCUUUUCGGUGACUUGAGCGUUAAUGGAUACGAAAAAGGACAAAAAUUCCGUCGUGGCAUGACAGAAUUCUCAACAAACAACGAUAUCAACAACAAAUCACAUCUAUCACAACCGCUUCAAAAUUCACCACGUCAUUUCGCUAAAAUCCAAACGAAACAAUACCAUCAACCGAAUCUAUUAUCAUCAACAUCAUUAUCAUCACAACAACAAAAACAACAAAACCAACCUCAUCCAAAUUCUCCCCAACAUAACGCCAAUAAUAUUUUAAAUCAACAUUUUUCUUACGCUUUCAAGCAAACGCAUAAUAAUAGAAAUAAUCAGCAAACGCUUUUGCCUUUAAAUUCUUCUGCAAAUCAAUCAUCAAACAUUAACAGUAAUAACUUCAUUAAAACAACAACAAAUAACACUUCAUCACCCACAUCGGCGGCUCAAUCGCCACAGCAUCACUAUAAGAAUCCAUUGAACAGUCCCAAUAAUUCGCCGUUUACCUUCGCCUACAACAACUACGGCGAACGAGAACACCAGCAAGACCAGCAACAGCAACAGAAGCAGCAGCAGCAGCAAAAACAAUACGCGCAGAAAAGAAGCAACUCAACAGCAGCUGCCACGGCACAGCAACAUCAAUUGCAACAACAUUUGCGCAGCAGCAAAACGCUGCCAAUUCUAACGCAGACGCAAUAUCAGCAGCAUCUGAAUGAUUUGCUGCUGCAACAACAGCAUUUGCAAAAGCAUCAACAGCAAUUGCUGUGCGCCAAAGACGCCGACGACGAACUGAGCGAGGAGAGUCUGAAGCAGAAUGUCGCAAUAGUACUGAACAAUUUGGAUCGGUACAAUAACGCAUUGCGCAGCAUAAUACUGAAUGAACAAGUGAGCGGACAGAGCAGUGUGCUCAUCGACGACAGUUUGCUGGUGGACAGUUUGGGUGGCAUUGGCGGUGCGAACAAUAAUUUCCUUUUUAAUAGUGGCAAUACCAUGGCAGCACCGGCAACACCCGAAUCGGAUUACAAUAGCAAUGCAACAACGCCUGGGUCGCGUCACAGCAUGCCGCUCGAUAGUAAUAUGUUGCAGCAGCAUCAGCAUUUGGUAGGUUUAGCCAACGCAGCGGCUGCAGUUUGUGGCGGUGGCGGUGGUAAUGGUGGUGGUAUAGGUGUUAGUAAUAAUAUUAAUGGUGGUGGUUGUGGUGGUGGUGUUGGUGCUGGUUAUUUUGGCAACAAUGUUGCCGGCAACAAUUUAAACUAUUCGAUUGCUUCUUCCCACGAUUUCACUCAUGACAAUUCCGAUUAUCAGUGGCUACUGGACUGCGACUAUCGUGAUGGCUGCGGCAGUGGACUGCAACGUAGUAUUUUCUCAUCGCUAUCGGGCUCCUAUCAAGGUGACAUAAUCUUCUAUAAUGAUUUCUCGAAAAAACUCGAUGCUAAUCUUGCCGAAGUUGAUAUGGAGAGUUUUCGCGCCGAAGAUAUCUUACUUCAUAUGCCAUCGUACUGCAAGAAUAUGACAAAUAGUAAUCGCCUGCAACAACAAUCUUACAUCUUGCAACAUUCAAAUAUGUUGCAGUCAAAUGCACAACAACAGGCGUGCACUGGUGGCGAUGGUGGUGAUGGCGUUGCUGUAAGUGGUAGUAUCAAUCAACUAUCGCAAGCCUCACUCAUCUCCAACAAUGAGCUUAUCGACAAUUCCAUUUGUAAAUCGGAGUUGCUCUUCUCGCCGGUCAAAGAGUCGCACUUAUCCGCCGAUUCGUUGGAUAUGGAUGCCUAUCCCGAAAAUGAAGAUAUCAUAUUGACGUGUAAGGCCAACAAAGAUAACUACACAAUCGCUUUUGAGGGCAGCGUCCUGUACUCUGAUGAGAGUUUCUAUGCUGAACCCUCGGAUGUCGCCGCAAGAAAUACACAUAAUUUCAUUAAUUUGCAUAGCAACUUAGAGGAUAUUGUCAAGGGCAGAGCUCUGGAUUUCUCCAUGUCGCGGUCGGAGCAGGCCGCCUCAGCUGGACGCGGCAAGCUACAAAAGAGCAACACAACGCAAUUGCAGAGAUAUCCUUCGGGCAACAAUAACACCGCCGCUAACAACAUUAUCGUGGCGCAUAUACAACACGCGCCCAACUGCACGGUGCGCAAAAGUCGCAGUCUACCAAAUCUGCGCGAACACAAAGAUCCAACCGCAAUGGUUUGCAGUAACAUUUUGGAUAUGCAACAGCAACAGCAACAACACACCCAACAAGAACAUCAUCAGCAGCAACAACAGUUAAAUGUUUCACAAGCGAUUAGCACCUCUAACAUGGAGUGUUGCAAGACAUCGCGUAAUUUGCUUCCCAUGUGCCAGAUGCCAAUCUCUACGUCAAAUUCCAUUAUCGCCUCCAUUACGUCGUUGGAGCGUCUCAGCAAUGCCGAACUCACACAGCAACAGCUACAGCAGCAGCAACAGCAUCGCCACAAGCAUCGCUGCGCUUGUUUGCCAACGUCACAUGCCACCGUCGCCGCCGCCGCUGCCGUUGCCGCUACAAAUAGUCACAAUUGUCCCGCCGUGCAAAAGCAUGCACCCAUUUCGGGUUCCGCUUCAUCGGGUAGCUCGAAUCCGCCCGCCUUCAAUCUAGUCAAACUAUUUAUCAAACAGAAGAGCAAUAAUUCCGCUACAGACGAACAGCUGAUGAGCACGCACACCUGCAUGGAUGUGUCGUCCGGAUGUUGGCCGUCAAGUGAUGCGGCCGGUUCGAGUAGUAGCUCAUCGUUGGAGCAGCGUUUGCGCAAGAAGAGCAUGAAUGAUUCGGGUAAGGGUUCGGCGCUGAGUCGGCACGAUGAGGAUGAGGAGCAAUUGUGUGGGCAAGUGCGUGAUACUUGCGAAGCGGCAUUCCAGGCAGAGUCACAUCACGGCCAUCCCGGUCAUCCAACGCCCACCCGACGGCAUUUACGUAUACGUAACGAUGCUGUUUUCUAUGAUGAAGAUCCAAGCUCAAGCUCAAGCGGUUCAUUGACAGCAACCAAUUCGCCUGCGCAUCGACGACGCAGCAUGCCGCCACGACAUCCCCAAUUGUGCCAACUGGUAACGCAACACAAAGACGUUGGUACGGCAUGUAGUUUGCAAUCGUCGGAGAAUAGUCGUAGCAACUCGGAACAACUAACGCAAGUUUAUGUGUCAACGGGCACUUCGUCCACUACGUUGGAGCGUCAAAGGUCACGUUGCGAUGCCCCACAACCCACGGUUUCGGCCGCUUCGAGCUCGGAAGUGAUUUCUCGCUCAAUGCAAACUUCUUGCGGCUCGCUGAGUACACGCAGUAGUUUGAGCGAUCGUUUCCGUUUCGUGCCGCCUUCGUUUUUGGCGAAGCUCAACAAUUUAGGCGAAGAGAGGCAGGCGCCAAUAUACGUUAUCUAUCCAAAUUAUGCAUUGCCCGACUUGGGGUUUGUGAAGACUAAUUCAACGGCAGAUGUUAUUUACACGCCGUUUAACUACAAAACGGCUGUUGGUAACAAUGAUAGUGCUACUUCUUUAUCAUCGCUAAAGAAACGCUUCAGUCUGAAUAGUAAAGACGAUGAGAUACUCAAAGCCAUGGACUACAAACACGUAGUGGAUUGGCAAUCGUUGACGACACUUUUGCCGGCGGACUACCGUCGGCGUUUAAAACACAUUCCAGAGGUGAAUAGCAUGUUGCCGGAGUUGGAUGCUGAGCUGUCACAGCGUCCCCUAUUCUGCAUGAGUCCACCCAUACGGCGUAAUCGACCACAUAUCUGUGAUUGUGCGCAAUACUUUCAGCAACAACAACAACAGACACAGGUACAUACUGGCGAGGAAGGUUCGUCGAGCUCCGCCUCUAGUCAACAGCCCAGUUCUGGUUAUCGCGGUUCAUCUACGCUAUUAGCUGACUCUGCUGAUCUCGAGAAUGCUGAUCCCUUAAAGCAAAUGUACAUAUAUCAAUAUGAACAGCAACGUAUGGACUCAGGUGUUGAAAUGAGUCCAGCUAUGGGCAAAACACCGCCGCAACCAAUGCCACGCGGCAUUCUACGUAAAUCUUCAUCACAUUCUGCGAAUCGCUUGAAACGCAAUUCCAUGAUUGAGGGACAGCAGUCGAAAUUGUCGAAGCAAGAGAAACGUCGUAGUCUACAAGAACCACCCUAUAACCACCACGGUGUCGGUUCGUCAGAGGAAUUGGGCGAAGUCUUCGAAGAGGAGGCUGAACUGUAUGCAGUGCCACAAACGCGUCAAGAGCGUCUCUCACGCAAAGAUUUGGAUGCGCGCAUGCGUUUCCUAUCAACAUUACCACGUUCUGAGCUAAAGAACUAUGCCGAAAUCGCGGCCAUAUUAGAAUCAUCAACAGAAUACCAAGUGGCAUACGAUCCGGCAGCGCUCAAGAAAGAAGUGAGCCGCGCGCUAAGUCAACAGAAGAAGGUUUCGUUUAAUGAUAUACACACACUAACCGAGAACGAACCAGAAGUCGAUGUAAUGGGUAUACAGCAAAAACAACAGUUACCACAGCCAUCUUUGCCACCCGAAACCCGUCAGCGUUUCACAACGCCACCCAAUUCACCGAAUAACUCGGUAGCAAAUGGCCGUACGGAUACAGUAGCGCGUCGCUCCUCACAAAUGGAGCAACAUCAGACGGCCAAGCGUUUGGCAACACUUGAUGAGCAGGAGAAACGUAAGAUUGAAAGCAAUCGCUUCAAGCGUUUGCAAAUACAAUGGGAACUGAUGAGUAAAGACUCGACGAUGUUGAAGGAUUUGGCUAGCGCACAAGAGACAAAGAGUGGUGGUUCGACACCAACGGCGGCGGCUGCAACAGCGACAUCAGCGGCAGCGGUGGCCGCAGCCAAUGCGGCGCAUAAGUCGCGCAUACCGCGACCGGUCAGCUAUCCAGCGGGAAAAGCACGCAAUUAUAAUAGCAACCUGAAGCCUGUCUUACAAAUGCUUGAGAAAGCAAAAACCACUCAAUUAAAUAUCUAUUCAAAACUUAAUAGAAUUAGUACACAAGAAGCGCAUGGAAAGACAACACGCUCACCGAGUCGCAUUGUGCCGCCCAAGCGUUACAGCAUGACAGCUGGUGCGCCAACAACAACAGCAGUAGCGGCGACGGUUACGACACCAACAGCGCGUGCGCGCACGCCCACCAGUCGAGUAGCAGUGACAGCGCCAAAUACACCCAAGCGACGAGUGCAGUCGCCAAGAACAAUAUCGCGCGUGCGAUAAAGAACAAAUACACAUGAAGGAGGAGCUAUACACAAUCCCUACACACAAAAAUACACAUGCAAAGUCAUGUCCAUGUCCGCUGCAAAUAUGGUUAAUAUAAAAGAAAAAAGGAAAGGAAAUGAAAGAAAAAACAACAAAUUCAAACCAUGUUUUUAAACGCAUAGUUUUCCGUACUGAUUUCUAUUAGAAUGAAAGGUGUAAAGGAGUCAAGUCGCUUACUUAAUUAAUAAGGCAAGGCGCAGCUCGCUGGCAUAUGCGUGUCAAUAUGAUUGGAUAAAAUGCAAUGACAAGAGACAAAUUAAUUAUUAAAAAUGUAGAAAAUGCUUCAGCGCAAAGUUGAAAAAACUGAGAGAAAUGAAAUUUUUAAAUUGAAAGUUAACUGUACAAUCAAAGAAAUGAAGAAAAGCGGGGAAAAGUGAAAAGCGAAAAGAAUUACUGUAUAGAAAAACUGAAAGUAAAGGGAAAAUUGUCGCAAAAACUAGUAAGACAACCGAGAAGCAAAGGUUAGUUAGCAAAGCAAAAAAACAAAGAAAGAUGCAAAUGAAAGCAAUGUUCAAGUACAUACAUGAAAACAUACGUAGUAUACAAGUAUGUAUUUCUGCGCCUAAAGUGAUAUUACAUAAAUGAUUGCGAAGUAUAAAGUGUAGCCAAUAAUGAUGGAUGGCAAAUAUGUGGCGACGAUAUAUAUGUAUAUGCCUCUAGUAUUUCCUUAGUUGCUAAUCAACAUACAUACAUACUAUAUUUACAAUACAAAAUAAUAAAAUAUAAAACAAUUUUUCAAUUUUUGUUUGUUUGUCUUCAUUUCUUUCUUCUACUUAACUUUAUGCAGAAACAAAAUAUUACUAAUUUAAAUACGUAUGUAAAAAGUAAUUUAAUAAUCGUACAAUAUAUAAAUACAAGUAAAUAUAUAUAGAAAUAUGAUGAUAUGAAAAACAGAAGCAGAAUAAAGAAACUCUAUGCAAAUAGACACAAGUGCAUAUAUAUACAUAAAAACUAUUUAUACCAAACGCAUUCAUACUUAUAUACGAAUAAUACAUUCAUAUAAACUCACAUACACACAUAAAUACAAACAUAUGAUAGAAAUGAACAGCAGAAGGCGUAAAUACACCGCAAAGACUUUGAAAAACGAAUUAAAAGCAAAAAUAUUUGUGCUAAGUGGAGAGUAGAGAAACGAAAAGUUGUUUUAUAGACUAUCAAUGAUGGUGGAAUUAAUGUAAAUUUAAUGAAGAAAAAGCAAAAAAGUAAAAGCAGAUAAUUCAUCGCUAGCGCAUAUCGAAUCAGCACAGGUAACUCUGUGCCACAAACGCCGGUUUGGCAAGUGUGUCAAAAAGUGUAUUGGAAAAUGUAAGGUAUUAUAAAAAAGAGUCAGCUCAAAUUUCAAAAUUAAAAAAAAAAAACAAAAAAAAAUUAAAUUUCGCCAAUCUACUAUGCGCAGAAGGGAGGAGACAAAUUAAAUGGCAAGCAAACAAAUACACCUACAUACACAUACAUAUUGGCGCACAUCAAUGGCAAGCGCUCAUAAUUAAAUUCAAUUUAAUUUUUAAUUUAAUGUAGAAGUAAAAACAAAAAACAAAAAAACUCAGUACAUGCACAAGUAUACAUACAUAUGUAUAUAAAAAAAAAAAUGUUGCACUAUGCGCUCGUAAAUUCUAUAUCAGUUUUUUACGAUCUGUUGCUAAAGAAACUAAAGAUUUACAUAGGAAUGCGUAAUUAGUUAUUAAAUUACUGCUGCUGCUAAAUGAAAUGCCUUGAAAUAUCGUAUUUUGUAUUUUUUACGUUGCAAAAUUCUCGUUCGUAUGGAAAAAGUAAGCGUUUGAAGGAAUGUCUCGUAAUGAAUUGUAAAAACACAAUCAAAUAACAAAAAAA